AUGGCGGUGGACGAAGGAAUUAACUAUGAAAUAGUCCGGUCAGUGCUUAUGGAGCGUGCAAACUGCCCUUACCUAGCAUCACAAACGGCAGCUGAAAUGGAAGCUUUUUCAAGAACUGAAGAUUUUCCAAAAAUUGUCAAGGCGUAUUCAAGGCCAGUUCGAAUUAUACGUGGGAAGCAAGUUGAGUCUGCUUGGGAGGUCGACGCAAGCGCAUUCCAGAAAGAAGAAGAAAAGGCCUUGUGGAGCGCCUACUUGGAGGCUGCCGAUAAGAUCCAUCCUGGAGUCGACAUCAAAACCUUCGCCGAGGCAUUCCUGCUUCUGAUACAACCCCUGGAGGAUUUCUUCAACAAUGUUUUCGUCAUGGCGGAAGACGAGAGGAUCCGCAACAAUCGGCUGGCACUGUUGCAAAAGAUUGCGAGUUUGACCAAGGGGAUCGCCGACCUCUCGGUUUUACCAGGGUUUUAG